AUGGAUGACUACAAUCCUCCACCUAAAGAUAAAGACGGUUGGAUCUCUGUUGCUAAAAAAACAGUAUCUAAACCAACUCCAUCACAACCAAACAAAUGGUUUGUGGUUUUUGCAGGUCACCAUCCUGGCAUCUAUGCAACCUGGAAUGACUGUCACAAACAGCUUCGUUCAUUUAAUGGUUCUUGCUUUAAAGCUUAUGAUACGCUUAUAGAAGCCCAAACAGUUUUCUAUAAUGUGGGUCAAGCUUCUCAAAAAUUCUUUUCUCAAACUCCGGAUGCUGCAGAAAUCAACAAUUUCUACGAUCCUGGUCUUCCAAACAAUCUUUAUGAUGAAAUUAACAAUGUUUGGAAAACACAUAAACUUGGUGCAAAUAAGAAAUUCAGACAACAUCUGAGUUCUCUUACAGCCCUCAUAACUGAACAAACAGCCAUGAAUGAUGAGCUUAAAAAGCUUUGCAUCCAAAUCUGUCUUACUAUUGACUGGGAAAAAGAUUUUCUCUCUCUCAGAUAA